AUUUAUUGUUUACUCUCUUUGGCUGCAAAUCACUUGCAAGGGAGAUGCGGUGAAACAAUUAAGCAAGAGGCUAUCUACAAAUUUUUGACAGCUGUCCCUGACCACAGAGUUGGUUCCUAUUCAAAUUUUGAUGACAUGGAAGUGUUUUUACAUGGUCUUGGACUAGAACACAUAAUAGGAUUGUUGAAGAAAAGAGAUAUAGCUUUAAGACAACUUCUGAUCAUGCAAAAAGAAGAGCUAAUACAGAUUGGCAUUACAAAUCCUGAAGAUCAGCAGAAACUCUUAGAUGCUAUUAAUGAGCUACAAGUGGAAGAGAUAAGAACUGGAGACCUCACUGAAGUGCUGAAGCUGGAAUUAAGUGGAGAUGAAUUCCUCAAGUUUCUUCAGAAGUUGAAUAAAGAGUGUAGUAAGCUGACUGUUCCUGUGCAGACUGUGAAUAUGCAUUUCCUCAACAAUUCUCACAAGAUAGUACUGCAGUGGGCACCAACUGAAAGUUUUAUCGAAAUCUGCAAAGACUUGGUUUGCAAUGUUGAAAAGCUGGGCGGAGAAGUUACCAAACUGAAGGACUUGGUGGAAAAGCAUGGACAGAAGAAUGACCCCAGUCAAGUGAAACUUCCAGAAAAGGCACCCACCUUGGAAAAAAGAUUAGUAAAAAUGGGAGCAGUAACAUUGCUUGGAUUUGGUUUUUUCUUCUUUAUAACUAAGAUAGUGGUAAAGAAAACCUAA